AUGGCUGCCCAGCACCUCCUGCUCCUCACCUGCCUGCUGGCCCUGUCAGCCACAGUUCUCACCCUGGAAAUAGAAAACCCGAAUAUCUUCAAUGGAACUUUAGAUAAAAUUCUGAACCUCAGCCCAAGGGAUCCUGUGCCUGUGCACAGUCUGGGACAUGGCCGGGGGAAGCGAGCCAGUGACACCCGACCACCAGCAGGACGUACCUGGCCCAAGGACUGCAGUGAGAUCCCCUCAGACAGCCCCAGUGGUAUAUACCUCAUCCAGCCCACAGGACUGCCCCAGCUCGUGGUGUACUGUGACAUGAACCAAACAGCCGGGGGCUGGACGGUCCUCCAGCGGAACCGGCACAACACGCACAUCACCUGGGCCGAGUCCUGGACCACCUACAAGUACGGCUUUGGCAACGUGCACGAUGACUACUGGCUGGGGAUGGAGUACAUCUAUCAGAUCGCCAAGCAGAAGGUCUACCAGGUCAGGUUUGUCAUUCAUAAUUCAACCGGCACCAUGAAAUACGCAGACUACAACCUCUUCGGUCUGGAAGACGAGUCCAACGGCUAUAGGCUGAGGCUGGGCUCUUACACGGGGACUGCAGGGGACGCCAUGACUUCAAACGAUCCAACCUACGUUCAUGACAACAUGAAGUUCUCCACUAAAGACCUGGAUCAGGACACUUACAGUGGGAACUGUGCGUCUAGCUAUGGUGGGGGCUGGUGGUACUCAGCUUGUUAUUCUGCUCAACUGAACGUCAAAGGGGGCAUCACUUGGGGUAGUUUCUGUAGUGGGAACUGCCAAGCCUCUGCCAUCCUCAUCAAACCAGCGUCUUACUGUUAGUCACCCCUUCCCCACCCUCCUGUCUGCAGUGAGGC